AUGCAAAAAAAGCAGUACAUGGACCAGAGAUCCAUAUCACCAGUAUUAGAAUCGGGGGUGUAUGAACACGAGUCUGAUUACAUGGAAGAAGGUGAGGAAAGCACUUUAGCGAUGUUUAACCAACUAUUUAUUGACUCAAACAAAUUAGCCGCCGUCGACGAAAACGAAAACACUGACGGUAAUAGCAACGAAGGGGACGUAGAAGAAGAAAUUCCAGGAGAAGGAGUUGUCCAAAACAUCGGAUUAAAUGCGAAGGGUGCUAAUUCUGAGAGUGAUCACGAUGACUCUGAGGGGCAUAGUGAACGUAAUGAAAGCGGUGAUCGAGAGGAAAACAAAGAAAAUUGCGACCCAAAUCAAGGAGAUGGUAAGAUUGCAAGUGACCAGCCUCUUGCGAGAGGGAGACCAUCUAGUUGCGUAUUUGUUGCUAGUCUUUGCUCUAGUAGAAGUGAUGACGAGCUUUGUGUGUCUGUAACUAAGCAUUUUGCACAAUGGGGCAAAUUAUCAACUGUGAAAGUGCUCCGUGAUCCGGCUAACAGGCCAUAUGCCUUUGUUCAGUAUACCAAUGACAAAGAUUCGAAAACGGCCAUUUCGAAGGGCCACAACUCGGUAUUGAAUGGCAGGAACUUAAGAUGUGAAGCGGCAAAAGUUAACAGGACCUUAUUUAUUUCUUCCAAGUUCUUGAAAACAGAGAAGGGAUUCAAAGAUGCUUUAGAAGAAUUUGGAGAGAUCGAACAAUUGAUCCCAAGUGAUGAAUUUGGCAAUGUCAAGUCAAACAAGCCAAAUAUUAAGAGUUCAAAGCAUUGGUUCUGCAAGUAUGUUUAUCGUGAUGACGCUAUUAGAGCAUUUGCUAAUCUAAGUGAAAAUAACCUAUUUCAUAUUGAAUGGGCCCAAAAUAUUGAAACCUUCAGUAGCAAUAAAAGUCACACCAAUCACAACUUGUCAAAGCAAGAAGAAAAUAAAAUGAAGUUUGAUAAGUUUUCUGUCUUUGUUGGCCAAUUGAGCUCCUCCGUAACAGAAGAUGAGCUAAUUAAUAGAUUUAAGCGUCAUGGUAAAAUUGAGGAAGUCACCAUCAUUAAAAAGACUUCCAAUACAUUUGGCUUUGUUAAGUAUAAGGAAGAGGCAAGUGCAGCAAGUGCUGUCGAAAGAGAAAAUCAUUCUAUGUUUAAAGAUAGGACAAUGCAUGUUCAGUAUAGAGAAUUGCAUUCAAAUACCUUGAAGCAUUCACCUAAAGCUCAAGGAAUUGCAUUAGCACCCCCUCCAAUUAAUUUAAAGAAAAGAUCUAUCUUAGGCACAAAAAAGACUUCUGAUUUCAGAAAGAUUUCACCAUUCAACCACCACUUAUACCCAAUGCCUAUCCCAAUACCAACAAAGAAAAAUUUCAACAGCUACACUACAAAUAAUGCUAAACAAAGAAACGUAACCAAUCCAUAUAAUUCAAACUCUAUAGGAAAACGAAAAUACUCUAAGUUUGGUGAUGUUUAUGAUAAAUUGAAACCGGAAAUUAAGGAAGAUUCACCUACACCGCCUGAAAGUGUUCAAACGUAUGAUUCGCAUACAAUUACCAAAAGUGGUUACUCUCCUUCAAGUGCUGUGAAUAGUGAAAGAUCGGAUUAUGUGGCAUCAGGAGGAGGAAAUAAGAAUCUGAAAAAUUCCAGUAACAAAACUAAGAAUAUACCAUAUUUUUAUUAUAUUCCAACUAAUGAAGUAGCAUCUGGUUCAAAUUCGGGUUAUUAUAAUCCAUAUCAAUAUUUUAUUCCAUAUGAAGCAUCACCAGAAUAUCAAUCUCAAAACGGUUAUGGAAUACCAUUCCCAAUGUAUUAUCCACCCACAAAUAAUGAUCAAGAAUUCAACUUUGAAGAUUCAUUCGAAACUCCUAAUUGA